GCAUUAGCUCCCCCUCUUCUUCUUUUUUUUUUUCAAGCUAAGGACCCCGAAUCAGCGUUUCUCUAACAGCUGAAACAGAGGGGUAUGAGGGAUUUCUAAAAUGCGUGAUCUCUUUGAUAUUUUGAGCAAAACCCAUCAUAGACAUGUUUUUAUAUAUGUGUAUAUAUCUGAGACCCAUAAUAUAUGCCUAAAAAUAGCAUGAUAGGAGAUCUUUAAAAGAACUAAAGUUAUUAGAGUUUAGUUAACCUUUUUGAUUUUGUUUGAAAAUAUAAUACCAAACGUUGUCAAAAAAGUAAAUGUAUUUAGUUUUAAAAUGUAAAGUAUCAGAUAUUUUUAUAAGUUAAUGUGUUUCUCUGCAUCUGAAGACUUUAGUAUAUCUUGUUACUGCAGUCAAAUGUUGUAUUUAUUCUGUCUUUUUCAUAACUAUAUUUAAUGUGUUUAGUUGAUGGCUCUGAGCAUUGUCAGAUUACUGUCAGAUUAAUAGCAUUUACACAUAAAUACAUAAAUGUAUAUUUUGUUGAAGCUUAGAAAACCUGUAGAUUAAAUAAUAGAAAAUGGACACUCUGGACUCAAUGAUGGCAAAAUGGUUAUUAUGACAGCUAUACGAAUAAUUGUACACACAUGUAAAAUUGUUACUGCAUUAAGUUACAACCAAGUCCAGUUUUAAUGUAAAUCCACACUUGAAUAUAAUGGCAUGAAAAAGUAGAGUGUUUGGAGUAGGACUCGCAUCAUUUAGAGAAGUAAAGCAGUUCCUGAAGACAGAAGAGAAGCAGCAGUAAACCAUCAGAGACUCAAACAUGAACGUCCGGCACACUUUGAUCUGCUUCCUCCUCCUCACACUGAGGGAUGGAAACAGUGGGCUCCUCAACGCACAAAACCUCGACCGUACAGAAACUGAAGGAGGAAACUUCAGAGUUUCAUGCUCCUUUACUUUCUCUGGAGGAAGGAAGCUCUUCUGUAAGGGAAAAUGUGAAGAAGGAAACAUUCUGGUUGAAACGACUGGAGACUCCGAACAGAGGGGCCGAUACAGCAUCAGAUAUAACGAAGGGACUCUAUUAUCUUACGCAAUUCUAUACGUGGGCAUCACAAAGCUGACCAAGUCUGACGCAGGACGGUACCAAUGUGGUCUGGACAGAUCUUUCCUCGACUCAUACCAGGACAUUGAGAUCAGAGUUACAGAUGAUCCUCCUGUGGAACCUGAGUAUGGUGUUGAGGCUAACCAAGUUUAUGAAGACGUCAGAGGGAGCGGUUCUCCACCUGUAUUAAUAUCUACCAUUUACUCCUACGCCAAAUAUACCAAACUAAACGGAGUCGAAACCACCGACGAGUACAGCUUCGUCACUGCAGCCACUUCUCAGAAGAAAACUAAAGAUGACCCGAUUAAUAUCAACUACUCUGAGGUGGAUUCUUCCAACAGUGGUGCUGCCUCGCUCCACAGCGCCCCCUGUGGUGAUGCAGAUAACAUCCUCCUAGGGGUGGAAGCGCGCUCUGAUGUUAGCCACGCUUCACCUCCUCCGUGCUCCACUGUCAAUUCAGAUGUAGCUGUAACUGUUAAUGUAAUUUAUCCGUGGGAAUCAACAGUAAACUAUCAUUCAAAGCUCAUAUUAGUUGAUUGGUGAUCUAUUUAAAAAAUAUUCUUCUACAGUGUGUUAGAAAAUGUAACACCAA